AUGAAACAGGACUGGAUGGGAAAGGUCUUCUCUCACCCUGACAAAACUAAAGCCAUGUUAUUUGGAUCACCUCAGAAACUGCGUCACGCAGGAAACACUGUCACUGUAACUGAUGGGUUUAACUCAUUUGAGCAGAUACAUGAGGAAGCCUUGAAGAUCCUACCAGAGUGGAAACUACAUGCCAAUGCAAGUAAGACAGAGCGGGUCCACAUCUGUCUGGAGAAGGACAGGGAAGAGGAGGAAUGGAGAAAAAGCAAGUCGGUAGGCUCAAGACUGGGCAUCGCAGAGGACAUAGAAGAAAGAAUACAGCUAGCAAAUUUGGCCAUGAGAAAGAUGUGGAAAAUGUGGGGGACAAAGCACAUAUCGUUACAACUUAAGUUAAAACUCUUUGAAGUGUACGUUAUACCCGUGAUGCUUUAUAAUGCCGGGACGUGGGGACUCACCGAGCAGCUGGCAUACAAGAUCGACACAUGGCACCGAAAACAACUCCAACGUUUCACAGGUCACUUCCACCCCAACCACAUUAGUAACAGUAAGCUAUACAGCAAGUGCCAAGCAUCACCAUUACAAAAUGCAGUGCACCGUCGCAGAUGGUUCCUCUUCGGCCACAUUCUCCGUAUGCCACUGGACUCGCCGCCGCAAAAGAUCCUUAACGUCGUGUUCAGCAAGAAGCUCAAACCAAGGCUAGGAAGGCCACGUGAAGGCCUCCUCAGUAGUCUGGUAGACGACUGCAAGCUACAUCUCAACCAGAACAUUAGACUUGAGACUCACAUGUUAAGAUACCCAAGGGAAACAGCAGCAAACAGAGGACUAUGGGAAGAAUUGUACAAAGAUCUAGACGUACACUGA